AUGCAGCCCAUCCUAUUGCUACUAUUCUUAUUAUCCUUCUUGGUCGCCAUGUCGCAGCAGCAGCGCCUCUUGUACGAACCCAAUGCACCAGACUACAGAGCAUCCUGCUUUCAGCAGUCUCUGUUUGAUAAGCUAGCACCAGACCCAGCAUUAUCCACAUUUAUGGAUGUCUUGACCCAAGUGGACGACAUCUUCAAGCUACUGAACAACACAGACAAUGCGCAAGAUAAUCAGUUUACUGUCUUUUGUCCUGUGAACUCUGCAUUUCAAAACGAAUUGGAUGUCUACACCCGAGAUCAUCUCGACGAUUUCCUGCGAAACCACAUCAUUCCUAAUAGCAAGAUUGAUGCUGAUACACUCAAGCGAUUGCAUUCACCACUGCAAACAAUGCUCCCAGGUGAAACAAUCAAAGUCAAAUACUACUUCUUCUCCAAACGCAUCGUGCUGAAUGACCAUGCCAUAGUGGACACAGAUGCGAUUGAAGCCAUUAAUGGUAUUGCGUACAAAAUCAACCAUUUGCUGCGACCUUACGGAACAGGAUGA